AUGAUUGCUGACACCACCGCAGCCACCGUUAGAUUGAAGACCCACUCUCCCACGGCCUCUCUUGACUCUCCCCACCAUUUCAUGAGAACCCCUGCCGAACAGCCUUUAUUAUCGGAUGAUAUAGAGCUGGAGGACGAGAAUCAUCCUGGUGCGAGGAUAUGGACAGAGGACGAAGCUGAUGAACGGAUUGCUGCGUUCGAGAAAGAGGAUAUUAUAACGAGAUUCGUGUGGAUAUUGGUUUUUACAGCUGCUAUAUCUGGUCUACUAUUCGGGUACGAUACAGCUGCAAUUUCAGGCGUUCUGGUGAUCAUUCGAGAAGAUCUGGGUGCUUCUUUAACGGAUUGGCAAAAGGAAGCCAUAACCUCAUCCACAACUCUUGGCGCACUUUUCGGUGGAUUAUUGGCGGGUGGGCUAUCAGAUUAUACAGGUCGAAAGCCGGUCAUUGUUUUGGCCAAUGUGGUAUUCAUAGCAGGGUCGUUACUUCAAGCCGCAUGCCAUUCUGUCAAUGUUAUGGUGUAUGGGCGCUUCAUCGUAGGACUCGGAGUGGGUUUAGCAAGCUGCAUAGUUCCACUUUACAUCGGUGAAUUGGCACCUGCUAGGACGAGGGGAAGAUUGGUGACCAUUAAUGCUGUGGUAGUAACCUUGGGACAAGUAAUAGCUUAUGGUAUCGGAUCAUCGUUUCAAAAUGUGAAUGGUGGAUGGAGAUGGAUCGUAGGCCUUGGAUCUGUUCCAGCCAUUGUUCAGCUGCUUGCAAUCGGUUUCUUACCGGAGUCUCCACGCAUACUCAUCCUGCAGUCAAAUGUCCGCUCUGCACGCCAAAUUAUAUCCAAGAUCUAUCCUUUCGCUACAAUCAAUCGCAUUGAGCGAGAGUUAGCAAAUAUGACGCAAGCUGUCAAUCAAGCGAGAGUCCUCGGCGAGAAAACUACCUUCGGGAAUAGGUUGAAAAGCUUGGUAACGAUUGGUACAAAUCGGAGAGCUUUAAUAAUUGGGUGUGGCUUACAGCUAUCCCAGCAAUUUUGUGGCUUCAAUACUCUCAUGUACUAUUCCGCUACCUUAUUCGCUAUUCUGGGAUUCAAGAAUGCUACAGGUGUGGGAAUGAUUGUAGCCCUUGUCAACUUCCUCUUUACUCUUGUCGCUCUGAAAACUAUAGACCCAGUGGGCAGGAGAUUGACCAUGCUCUUCACACUCCCAGUAAUGAUAGUCGCUCUGGUAUUGAUAGCAAUAUCUUUCCACAUACUCACUGCUCAAACCGGUGGUAUAUUAGUUGAGGGCUCGGAAUAUCCCCUUACGACUUCGAUCCUGAUUCUGCUGUUCAUCCUUCUAUUCGUUGCCAGUUACGCUCUAGGACUAGGAAACAUCCCUUGGCAGCAGGGGGAGCUGUUUAGGCUAGAUGUCAGAGGUAUAGGAACCAGUAUAUGUACUGCUACCAAUUGGACUGGCAAUCUGAUCAUCGCUGGAACAUUUCUAAGCUUGAUGAACGCAGCCUCACCUUCUGGAGCUUUCGGACUAUACGCAGUAUUUUGUGCAGCAAGCUGGAUAUUCUGCUUCUUCUUGUAUCCUGAAACCUCAGGAUUGUCUCUCGAAGAGGUGUCUUCCCUAUUUGAGACCGAUUUUGGGGUCCUCAAAUCUGUAGAAUUGAGGAGGGAGAAAUUUAGAGAAAGUUAA